GUCUGUGUAACUUGACGUGAAAGUGAUAAAUAGAGGUCGCCUCCUCCAGCCGGGCAUUUCUAAAGUCUGACACGCCGCAGCCGUACGGAGGCCUAUUUUCCCCCACAAUCACCAUGGUUGUAGAAAUUGAAGACUUGGAGUCCUUCCUUGCCACCGUGAAGGAUGCUGGAGACAAGCUGGUGGUGGUGGACUUCACAGCCACGUGGUGCGGCCCCUGUAAACAAAUCGCCCCCCUCUACAAGGAAUUGUCAGAAAAGCCGGAGAACAAGAAUGUGAUUUUCCUGAAGGUGGACGUGGACGAGGCCCAGGAUGUAGCCACACAUUGCAAUAUCAAGUGCAUGCCCACAUUCCACUUCUACAAGAACGGAGUGAAGGUGGGCGAGUUCUCUGGCGCCAACUUCACCACGCUGGUGGAAAAAGUGGACGCUCUGAGGACAUGAAACUGAGCUCUGCCAACUAUCCUCAUGCACUAUAUACCUGUAUAAAAAAUACAAACCACCACAACCUUCCCCAGAUGCCUGAUAAGAAAUUCCACUUUAUCUCCAAUAUACAUCAUUUUUUCUAUUCCUCUUAGGCAAUACUUUAUUCCUUUUUCAUCAUGUACUGGUGAAAGAUUGUUUUAAGUCAAUGUAUGUAUUGAAUUCCAUGGUAACACCUGGCCAUGAUUUGAUUAAAUUCAGUCAUUGACCAUCUUAAUCCAGUUUUAUAUCUCAGAUCAGUUUGCUGUUGGGUUUUUCUCUGUAUGUUGUUGUUUCUAAUUAGGUGAAUUUAAUAAAUGAAGACAAAUUAACAGAGA